AUGUCUGAUUAUCAAUCUCUUACUACCCUUAUUAAACGUUUAGAAGCAGCCACUUCUCGUCUUGAAGAUUUAGCAACUACGGGAAGUAGUAAUUCAACAAGUAGUGCUACUGCUCCCGCCUCAACUACUACUAUAGGAGGACAACAACCAACAACUACCACUUUGGUUACUUCAACAACCAAUAAUAAUGAUAACGAUACAAAGAACGAAGUAAAACUCACACCAGCUCUUAGCGCAUAUGAUGAACUUAUUGAGGGACCUUUGAAAAACUUUCUUGAACUAUCUAAAACCAUCGGUGGUCUUGUUGAAGAUCAGAGUCAUGCUGUCAAAGAUAUUUUUAUAGCUCAGCGAGAUUUUAUAUACAUAGCUUCACAAAGUAAAAAACCACAAACAUCAGAAACAUUUGUAAAAUUAAUUAAACCAACUCAACAAGCGCUUGAAAAAGUAUGUGAAUAUCGUGAAAAUAAUCGUCCAUCACCAUUUUUCAAUCAUUUAUCAACUGUUAGUGAAGGUAUCGGUGCAUUGGGAUGGGUUACAUAUGAGACAAAAACUGCUCCUUUUGUUGGUGAUUUAAAAGAUGCUUCGCAAUUUUAUGCUCAUCGUGUUAUCAAAGAAUUUAAAGACAAGGAUCGUUCUCAUGUUGAUUGGGCAAAUAGUUUUAUUUUACUCUUAACUGAACUUCAGAGUUAUGUACAGACUUAUCACACUACUGGUCUUGUAUGGAAUCCAAAGGUUUUUGGAGAAACAGUUGAUAUGACUCAAGUUUUUGCUGAACUUAAUCGUGGAGAACAAAUUACAUCCUUACUAAAAAAAGUUGACAAAGAUCAAAUGACUCAUAAAAAUCCAAGUUUAAGAGCUAGCAGUACUGUGGGCGAAGUUGGAGCCAAGGUACAACAACAUAAAAAAGGACCUACAGCACCACCAAAACCUGCUUCGUUAUCUCUUAAGAAACCACCUAAGAAAGAAUUGAAGGGUAAUAAUUGGAUUGUUGAAUAUUAUGAAAACGAAUCAAAUAUUGUUAUUGAUGAUACUGUAAUAGGCCAAAAAGUUUAUAUAUUUGGAUGCAAAAACUCUACAGUCCAAGUUAAAGGCAAGGUUAAUGCAGUUACAAUUGAUUCUUGCCAAAAAACUGGUCUUCUUAUUGACUCAGUGGUGGCAGCAGUUGAUGUUGUCAAUUGUAAAUCUGUUCAAGUACAGGUACAAGGAAAAACACCAACAAUUGUUGUAGAUAAAACUGAUAGUGCACAAUUAUACUUGUCACCAGAAUGUUUAGACACAGAGUUAUUCACAGCUAAAAGUUCAUCGAUCAAUGUCAAUGUACCCAAUCAGCAAGAAAAUGGUGAUUAUCUUGAACUACCAAUUCCUGAGCAAAUUAAAACUACCAUUAAUGGCGGAAAAUUGGUUUCAGCUCCAGUUGAACAUAGUGGAUGA